AACAUUUUAAAACAUAAAUAAAUUUAUACAAAAUGUCAUUGAUUGUGCAAUAUGAGCAACAUUAUGCUGCGUUAAUCUCAGAUAUAAAGGAACUCGUAGGCAGACUGGAGGAAGUAAACAAUCAAUCGGAUCGCAAAGUGCUGUGCCACAGCAUCCGUGGCAGUCUGGUGGAGGCAAAAAGGAUUUUUAUGCAAAUGCGGCUGGAGCGCGAUCGGCGAUCGCGUGGUGAAAAAUUGCGAGCUGCAGCUGCUGAGCUGAACGGACUGUAUGUGGAGUACAAGCAAGCAAAGGCCAAGGGACGUUCAUUAACUGUUGCAUUAGCUUCGCUGGACUUGGGCAGCAAUGCUGAUAAUGAUGAGGGUGCGUCCAUAAGCAAUGAUCAGCAGCAGCCGGAGCUGCUGGAUAACUUGGAGCCCAUUGAGCGCACGGACAAUAAAUUGACAGAAGGUUAUGACGAAGCAGUAGAAACCGAAGCAGUAGAAUCCGAAGCAGUAGAAACCGAAGCAGUGGGCGCUCAAGAGCUCAGCGCUUUAGCUCCUAACUAAAUCUGCAUCAUCAGCGUGAGAUUUUGCAAGGUACACGCUCACAUUUGAGAGAAACAAAUGAUGAGCAAGGCUAAAUACGCUUCUCUUGCGUACUAUGAGAGAGAAGGUAUGGCUCUAUGGCGUGGGCAUUUGCUUUGUAGGUGCUGUGGGCAUUAGUCGCUAUCUGAUCUUUGCUGCAACAGGUACAUCACAAAUUACACGAAAGCCAAAAUUUGUUAUAGGAAACACAUACAUAUAUAAAUUAAUUAGAGUUGUGUUCUUAUGUUCAUAGAAUCAAGUGAAUUCUAUCAAUGUGUUUAUUCAGUUGAUCUGUGUCUAUAUAUCUACUGAGCUAAAUGCCAGUUAUAGUUAAUCGACCCACUGAACUAACAUUGUUGCAUUCCUGGGUUUAAUAUUAUAAACCUUAAUAGUUGUUAUAUUUGUGUGUCUAUUAUGUGUAUAAAUAUUA